AUGGAAAUUGAGUGGACAAACCCGGCUACUCCACCAGACUUUGUGGCCGAGAUACAGAGAGCCCUUGAUGAAGGAAGACUGGUGGUGGGUAGACCAGCAACUCCGGCACCAAAUCCAGGCUCCAGGGCCUCUUCCAGGGCAGCUACCAGAACAAUGCAGCGGAAGACCAGCCCAUUCGCAGCAUUUCCGGUCAGAUCCACUAGGAGAGUUAUCCCUAUUGUGCAGCCAGCGGUGGGGGCUUCGCCCUUACCACCUAGCCGCUUCGGUGGAGUACACCCACUCCUUGGAGGAGCUGAUCGAUCCUUUGACUAUGAAGGAGAGUUCUUCUCAGGUGCAGGCCGAGGACCUCCCAGCCCGCGAGCCAGGAACCCGGGAAGGUUCACGAUGUCUGGGGCCGCUCAACCAGCAGCAACCUCCCCACUGGCCAGCAACCCGGCACCAGUAGCACCUGUGGCCCCUCCUGCUGCGACCGCCGCUCCCCCUCCAGCAAAUGUACAGGGUGGAAGCGGUGGGAACCAGAACCCUCCACCUCCAGCGGCCCGCGCUCCCGCUCCAGGGGAUUCAGACAGUUCUGACGGUUCGGACUCGGAACCAGAAGGUGGUAACAGAAGAGGCUGGCGGAGAUACCUCAGGAAGAAGUUGGAAAAGCAACAAAAGGAUUUGUUUGCUAUGAUGUCCCAGCAGUACCGACCUCCGGCCGCUUCUCCACCUUCUGCUACUACCAGAGCCCGAGAACCAAAGGCACCACCACCCUUCAAGUUCCAAGGCAAAGCGGAGCAAGUGGAGACCUUCAUCCGGCAAUGUGAGAAUGUGUUCUCCAUUGAGAGCCUGUCAUUCACCUCUGAGGAGGUUAAGAUCCGAUAUGCAGGCAACUUGAUGGAAGGAGAGGCAGCGAUCCGAUGGUAUGAGGCAUACCACAAUUCAAUUGAUCAAGCCUCCGCCAACCGCCUUGCUGGAAUGCCGGUGACUUUGGAUCUGAGAUGGAAGCGCUGGGAUUCCUUUGUGGACGCUUUUAGAGAAGCCUUCGGCGAAGCCAUCUCCAGAGAUGAUGCUGUAGCCCAUUGGAAUACCCUCACCCACACAGCUCGAGGAGGAAUAGACCUCUUCUUGAAUACUAUCAUUCAGCUGAUGUGGAAGACUGGCUAUGAGGGUCAGUUGGUGGAUGAUAAGAUCAAUAAUUCCCUCCUCCCGGACCUAGGCAUGAGUUAG